AUGGAAGUAUAUGUAGAUGAUAUGGUUGUCAAGUCAGAAUCCACAACAGUUUAUCAGGCCAAUCUAUUAGAAAUCUUUCAGCAGCUCAGAAAAUACAACAUGUGCUUGAAUCUUGAAAAAUGUGCAUUUGGGGUUCAAGGAGGUAGAUUACUGGGAUUCGUGCUGACACAACGAGGAAUUGAAGCAAAUCCCGAGAAAUGCCAAGCUAUAAUACAAAUGAAAUCACCUACAACAAUCAAAGAAGUACAACAAUUGACCGAACGACUAGCAACAUUAUCAAGGUUUCUGCCGACAGCGGCGGCCAAAUCAUACCACUUUUUCAAUAGCCCACGGAAGAACAAGAACUUCACAUGGACAAAUGAGUGCGAACAAGCAUUCACCAACUUUAAAAACAUUCUGGCUUCUCCACCCAUACUGCAUAAACCCACAAAUGUGGACCAGUCCUUGGAGGUCUUGCUCAAUAGGAACAUAACAUCCUCAAGUUUCAAAACAAAAUCUGAUUACGUAACAGAACCGAUUUCAACUACUGGAUUAGAAGGGCUAUGCAAGAUGCUGGUUUUGGAGGAGUCACAAUUUAUGAUCCUGACGCCAUAUGAUGGAAUAAUGAGUGAGAUUCUAGAAUCAGCAACUCCAUUCCCUCACAAAAAGGGUAUGUUAUAUGGAAUCCAAUAUUCUGUUAGUUGGAAUUCCAAUGAAGAUGCAACUAAGUACAUAAAAUGGAUAAGAACACUCUAUGAUUACUUGGCGCCGUAUGUGUCAAAGUUGGCAAGGCGAGCAUACUUGAAUUACAGGGACCUUGAUUUGGAUGUGAAUGGUCUGAAUACAAGCUAUGUUAAAGCACAAUCUUGGGGCCUCAAAUAUUUCAACCAAAACUUUAAGCGGCUAGUAGAAAGUGAAGGCUAG